AAAGUUUUGUUAGUUCAGCUUGUUUAAUCAAGUUUUUAUUGUCUGGAGACAACUACUUAAUGCGAGCUCAAUGCCACUUUGACUGGUUCAGAGCUUGGGCUGCAAGAUGUCUGUGCUACUAGCUGCAGCGCUAUGUCUCUCAUUUGUAUCUGUGCAAUGCUACGAAAUCGUUUACCCCAAGGCUAUUUACAAUGGAGUUGAGAAAAGGGAGUUGUCGACCCGCCUAGAUGAGACAACACAUGCUGAUGAGGUGGUUUUUCAGCUGAAUAAAAAAGAUGGACCCAUCCUCUUGGAAAUGAAAAGAAAUGUGGGAUUUCACCCAAGCAAAGUUCUACUAAGAACAUUUGAUGACAAAGAUUCUGCAAUAACUGAAAAGGUUGCUCCUGAUAGUUGUUAUUACAGUGGAAGAAUUGCAUACAAGCAAGAUUCACACGUGCUUCUGGAUACGUGUAAUGGUCUAAGAGGGACCAUUGAAGAUGAAGGAAAGAUCUAUAAUUUAGAGCCAGUUGAGGGGAAAGAGGACACUGGUGCCCAUAAACUGUACGAAGCAGAAGAUGAAGACCAAAAUCUUGGCAAAAGAACAAUUGGUCUUAAUCCGUUUAAUAAUGACUUCUUGGAACCUGAUGAAAAGAUGGACGAUGAGGGCGAAGAAGGCCAAACGCCUGCUGUAGUAACAGUAAAAGCACAAAAUGAUGAGCAAAACAGUUUCAGCUUAAUUCCAGAAGUCGAUCCUGUGUAUGCCAAAUAUCCCAUUACAAAUAAAACCAGAUACUGCGAAAUGUUCUUUGUUGUUGACUAUGAAGUUUAUCUGAGGUACAAUAGCAACAAGUCGUUGGUUUUAUCACGAAUGCUGAAUGCUCUCCACUCAGUUGACAGAUCAUAUGCGGCUGUAAAUGUUCGUGUGGUGCUUGUGGCAUUAGAAAUUUGGACCAACGGAAACAGAGUACCUUACAAUGAAAGUGGUGGUAGACAAAUCUCAACUUUUAACAGUUAUAGAAAGAAGCAUUUGCUUGGAGUGGUGCGUCAUGAUAUUGCACACUACAUAAGCAUAAAGGGCUGGAGUGGAGGUGUUAUCGGGAUGGCAUAUGUAGGUGGAAUUUGCAAAACUGGUUACGGUACAGGAAUCGAUAAGUGGUCUUUCACAUCUGCGACUGGUCCAACUGUUGUCUUGGCCCAUGAACUUGGACAUAAUUUUGGUUUUCCCCAUGAUUCGUCACCGUGUGUCUGUUUGACUUCAAGAGGGUGCUUCAUGGGAGGCCCAAAGACUCGAAGACCAGGAUUUUCCGAUUGCAACAUGAAAGUGUUAUCAGAUCCGAGGAGGUCAUUUGAAUGCUUGAACAACUAUCCAACAGAGACGCUAGACAAUGUUUGUGGCAAUGGGAUCGUUGAAGGAUCAGAAGAAUGCGAUUGUGGAUCUCCAGAGAUGUGUGAGAAAAAGGACAAGUGCUGUGAACCAAAUGGAUGCAAAUUGAAGCGUUCCGCUCAGUGCAGUGAUUUUAAUACACCUGACUGCUGUAAAGAUUGCUUUUUCAAAGGACAAGGAGCAUUAUGCCGUGAAGCGAUAAACAACUGCGAUUUGCCUGAAUACUGCCCUGGAAAUUCUGGAAUGUGCCCAAAUGAUGACUACAUGCAAGAUGGGUCUCCAUGCAGUAACCGAAUAACGAUUAUCCCUGCAAAUAUAAACAGGAACGAAAAAUUGCUAACAUUGAACCCACCGAUCAAAACAAGAUAUCUGCGCAUAAAUCCAGUUUAUUGGAAGCCAAAUGGAUACGCUUGUUUAAGGAUGGAAGCACUAACGUGUUCAGCUGAUGAAGAUUCCUCUGACAUGCCUCAACCAAUUUCAACAAGAGACCUUUACUACACAAAUGCAGUCUGUGUGGCCCCAGAUAGUGCUAGCUGCGCAGAAAGCCGUGUCAACGACUCGAAGCUUGUAUUCAAGCGUGAAACUUACAGAGACUGCAACAAACCAAAUUUUUUGUUUGUGCUUGAGAGUGAUGGCACACUUCGGCAUAAUUGCAGUGGAAAAAUUGUUUGUCCCGCGUCAUCAGGAAAUCUGGUAUUAAAGAAGGAAUGUCCAAAUGACGAGGGAAAAUAUGAAAGAUUGGCAAACUUCGGAUUGAAGAAUAAGGUAACAGACAGCUGCGUUGAAUCCUACGAUGGCUGGCCAUUGAACGGAAAUGCUAUAAAAUUGAGGGGAACCAAAGACUGUGACGGAAGCCGUGAUAGGACAAAGCUGCAUUUUCUUGAAACUGACUGUCUUUUGCCCGCUGGUUUUGAAAAUGGAAAACUUCCAGACUCAGCUUUUACAGCGAGUGCUUCACAUCGUUACUGGCCACCUGAAAAAGCAAGGCGUUCAGGCAGUAAGGGUUGGUGUCUUCCCUCAAAAACAUCAGGCAAGAACGAGUAUUUACAAAUCGAUCUUGGAAAGAUCAAAACAGUUGGCAAGCUAAAAAUGCAAGGUGCAUCGAGCGAUUACGUAUCUGCAUUCAGAUUGUUCUACUCUGAUGACGGCAAAAACUGGAAAGGCUAUUCAUCAGAUGACGACGUAGAUAAGAGUUACAUGUCAUACUGUUACUCUGGAAGCUGCAGUACCUCAAGAAACUAUCAGUGCAAACAUCUUUGGGAUGCAAGAGCAACUUCGGCUAACGAAUCGUGCUGGAGAAAGCUGAAUACCGAAGCUGCUGGAUACGGAACAUGCGAUCCUUUAUCGAAUAAAACCUGUGCUGCUGAGGAUAUUUUCUGCGGGCAAUUGCAAUGCUCAUCAUCACAAUCUCAACCUACAAGAGAAAAAUACGGCUCAGUGUACAAGUCAUUUGAUUUGAACGGCAAAAAGUGCAGUGGUGCUAGCAUAACGAUUCCUGGCACAAACAGCAAUGAUGAAAUGAGCAUUGGCAUGGUUGCAGAGGGAACAAAAUGUGGAGAAGGAAAGAUGUGUAUGAACUAUAAAUGCAAAUCAUUUGCUGAUCUCAACAUUACAUCAUGUGGAAAAGUCAACGGUCUUCAAUGUGCAGGGCGUGGUAAAUGUGAUGACAAAGGAGUGUGCCAUUGCGAUGGGGCCUACGAUCCACAAACAAACUGCGAGAAAGUUUUGAUACCUAUCAAUGGUAAUUGGAGUCCAUGGCAUCAUUGGUCGAAGUGCAGUGCAGCUUGCGAUGGCGGGAAAAGGACAAGAUCUAGACUGUGUGACAGUCCGUUUCCAGCACAUGGAGGCAUGCCUUGUGAGGGGGUUGCAUUUGAAGAAGAACUGUGCAACAAUGAAGAAUGCCCCAAGGCAGGAUCGUGCAAGCUUUUAAUGGGAAAGUUCAAAGCAAGUGGUAAACCAAUGGUCGACGGAGUCUAUAAUAUAACACUGCCUGAUGGUUCACUGAUGAAAAUGUAUUGUGAUAUGACACGUAAUGGAGGUGGAUGGACAUUGGUUGUAUCCAGCCAUACAAACGACUGGACAACAUCAGAGCUGGUGAGAGAAAGAAAUAAAGAUCACCCAAACAUGUACAAAGACUAUUCAAUUCUGAAAUAUGUCGAUCAAAUCAAGGACAACUACAAAAUUGACGAUAAAAAGUUCGAGUAUAGAUUAGAGGCACAUAGAAGAGGACGCUGGGGUGGCAUAUGGUCCGCGCCAAUCCAAUACAAGUUCGACACAUCUUCCGGUUCACAAACUGGCGUCACUUUGAUAAAGAAAUUCAACAACUGGUCAUACAGCUCUAAGGGAAUUGCUCAAAGAAUGCCUCAUUAUAUCAAUAACUGGUUGACUUUGCAAACGAAAACGAAUGCCUGGGGAACCAUCACAGGUACGAAUAAAGGCUAUCACCCCGCUGCUUGGAUUGGUGAAAGCCACAUGGAAGCAAAACCAGAACAUAUAUGGUACUGGAUGAGAGAGGGGGAUUACAAGAUCCCGUCAUCUUGCCUCGAAGUAAAAAUGCGUUUCUUUGAACGUGGAAAGAAAGCAAAAUCUGGACUGUACGAUAUACAGAAUUUGAAAGGAAAGAAAACUUUGAAUGUUUUCUGUGAUAUGGAAUCCUUUGGCGGUGGAUGGACGCUGGUUUUGAACAAAGUUUCAAGCGCUGGAUGGACAAAAGAGACGACCCUAUCAAGAAACACCGACAAAGCCUCAACAGAUCAUGAUUAUUCGAUUUUGUUUCACUCUCAAGAAAUAUUGGGCCUUCGAAAAGAAGAGACCAAAUUUCAGUACAUGAUUGAGGCUGAAGGACCAAAGAAAUGGGGAGGUAUUUUUGAAGGACACAACAGCGAUGGACUGAUAGCAUGCACCCCAAGUCAAUUCAAGCCCCGACUGCUUGAGAAAUUUGACAAUUGGGACGAGCAGAAAAGCAGUUUGAUUGCGUCAAAUCCACAUAUCGUGGAUAACCCAGCAUCUUAUUACACAACUGCCCCUAAGACCUCGUCAUACCAUGAUGGUGUCUUGGUAUCUGAGACAAACUCAAUUUACAUGGAAGGGAGGAUGGAGAAGCCAAGAUUUGUAAGAGUCUGGGUUCGUGAAGGAGCAAGCUACAAAUCUUGCAAUCAGAUAAAAGUAAAUGGAAUAAGAAACGGUGGAAGUUACAAAAAUGGUUUCUACAACCUUAAAGAAUCUGGGGCGAACUACCGCACUGUUUAUUGCGAUAUGACGUCAGAUGUUGGAGCUUGGACUCUUUUGGUAACAAGUGCUCAUGGAAAUUGGACAAAACCAGAGGUACUUUCCCGUAACGAAGAUUUCCCAUCGAUCGCAAAUGACUACUCGAUACUCCAUCUUGCAGACAGCAUUAAGAGUAUAUCGAACAACGCCACAUUCAAGUAUAAAUUAGAUGCACACAAAUUCAAUCACUGGGGUGGUAUUUGGGAGGCACCUAUACAGUACACAUUUACCUUCACGACACACAAGCAAGAAAAAGUGAAGUUGUUGAAGCAGUUUGACGUCUGGGAUUACAAUGUUUACUAUAAAAGCGUCAACAAUCGAAUGCCUUGGUUGGGCGCCAGAAAAGGAAUUCUGACGACUUCAGGAUCAGCAGACUGGUACUGGUGGGGCACUAUCAUUUCCGACAAUCUCGAGUACAAGCCAGCACCUUGGAUUAGUAGUCAGAUGAAAAAUCCAGGAGUAAUCUGGUAUUGGGUUAACGAGGAUGACUGCGAUCCAGACAGGAUGCCAGUUGAUGGUGGUUUAACAGCUUGGAGUAGCUGGACGCAAUGCUCGACUAACUGUGGACAGGGUACACAAGAGCGAUCAAGGUCGUGCACCAUGCCAAAACCAAGAUGCGGAGGAGCUUUGUGUGAUCCAUUGGAGUCAUUGAAGAGAACUAGAAAUUGCAGCGGAGAAUGUCUUGAAACCCCAAUUCGCACCCAUGAUAGUAGAUUCUGUGUUUUACCCAAAACUGGAGGCUGCAGCCCGAAUGAUUCUACUACGCUGGUAUGGAAAAGUGGCAGUGACAAAUGUGAUCUCCCAGAAGCCCAGUUUAUUUUUGAUCCAAGCCGUGGAAGCUUGGUCCACAAAUGCAGCGGAAAGCCAGUUUGUCCAGUCAGGUCAGUCACUUACGGGGUCGGUGUAAUGAUUAGCACUGCAUGUCCAAAGAUGGUCUUAGGAAACAGAUUCACCAGAACACAAUUUGAUACAUUACACUUCAAGUCAAUGUGUCUGCACCCAAGUGGAGGCUGGGCUGGCACCAAUGUCCCAUUGGUUUUCUGGACAGGUUGCAAUGCAAAACGAAUACAGACUGUGCUCUCUAAAAUUGCUCAUGGACCCGUGCAUUCAAAAUAUUGGUCCGGUAUUGCCAAGGUGAACAACAGCAUAGCCGAUCUCACCAAUGAUGACCGUUUCCCUAGCAACCCAACGUACACAGGAUAUCUGCAUAACUUUGACUCUCCCUAUGGCAUUGGAAACAGUUACGGCCUACAGCUUUGGAGCUACUUCGUAGCGCCUGAAACUGGAAUGUAUACUUUCUACGCAGCAUGCGACAACUACUGCCAGGUUUUCUUGAGUCCAAACACGUUGGAAAAAGAUAAGAGGAAAAUUAUUGACAUGAAAGCUGUGACAAGCGUGUAUCAAUAUGACAAGUACCCAGAACAGAAGUCCAGCAAAAUUAAACUUGAAGAAGGAAAGCUAUAUUAUCUAGAAGGGAUCGUCUAUGAAAUAACAGGCGGUGAUCAUUUGAGUGUUGCUGUCGACUUUCCAAGUGGUUUGAAGUCAGUUCCUAUCACCUCAUAUUACCUAAGAGAGAAGGUUGAAUCCUAAGGGAGAAGAGAGAUGCUUAUUACUGAGAUAAACAAACCAACAUUAUGUUGUAAACAAUAUAUCGUGGUAGCAUGCACAUUUGGAUUUUCUUUGCGCACUUAGAAAGAAUUAUUAUAAUCAUUCAAAAAUAUUUCACUUAUUAUUUUCGCAAUGGAA